UAUGGUAAAGGAAAUCAGCUCACAAACACUGCGGGUUUCUUCUGAAGUAACAUUACUAUUCAUUAUAAUAAUUUGUAGUUAGUUCUUCUGAACCCGUCGACGCCGGACGGCCAUCGGUCAAUUCCGAUCUUGGCUCAUAGCCUCAUAGGACGGAAACAGCCAACCGUAGAUCUCUGCUCUCGAUCUCCAGUGCUAGCACUAGCAGACCUGGCUGGGUGGAAAUGCGGCGAAUGCUCCCCUGUUGACUGUUGUCGUGUUGAGAGUGUUGUGUCUGUAAUCCGUGACAGGCGUGCAGUCAGUGAGUCAGUCUGUCUCAGUGUGUGCACGGAUAUACGUGUGCUGACAGGAAGCAGGCAGGACACUGCAGUCGCGCACAGCCCAGCCGGCCUGACACUGGCCCGGUGGGCUGUUCCCAUCCGGAAUCAAGUAGGUGGACCUCUGUGGUUCAUCAGGCUUUCGCCUGCAGCAGCAUGCACGUGUUUCAGUACCAGGAAAGCCAAUUCAGCCGAGACAUCAAGGUCGUAAAUUCCCAUCCAACCAAAAGAAUCCGAAGCGACCAGUUUAGCGAUUGCAGCGCUGAAACCCAAUGUGGCUGUGGAAGUGCUGACAGUAGCGUCAUUGGCAGUAAUGUGAACAUGAACCCUGCUACCACUGGCCAGUCUACUUGUUGCCAGGGCAGGGCGAUGAGGAUUCCAUCAUCACUGCAACAUACUGUACCUAGCGUGGUGGUCCUACUGGUGACCUGUGCUCUGGCUCUGAUGACCAGCACUGGCCUGGCACUCACAACGCACAGACCGCUGAAUGAGUAUGUUUCACAUUAUGAGCCCAUCAAUUAUGACCUGGACAGAGUUGAAAACUCAUUCGCGAUGUGGAAAAGUGAAGCCAAUGAUGUCAACCGACCGCUGUUUUCACUGGACCUGUUCGCUUUUGGCAGAGUAUUUCGCCUUGUGCUGUCGGAAGAUCAGGAGAUUUUGCCUGCGUCCGUUACCCAUCAGGCUGGUGAUGGCCAGCCGUUUGAGUUUGAUUCAUCUCAUCAGCUGGCCGGAUCAAUUCAUGGCGAUGCAGAAAGCCAUGUCCACGGGUUUAUCAGUGCCGGCCGCUUUCGUGGCGUCAUUCGUGCUAGUCAAGAAACCUACCAUGUUGAGCCCAGCGCAGCAUACUUUCCUACACUGCAGCCGUUCCAUUCCAUCAUGUACAGGGAGAGUGACGUGGAUCACGAGAAAUUGCUUCAGGGACGGCCCAUCGACGCACAAACCAUUGCAGAGGAGCACUUUCGGCGGGCAUGGAGCAAGACAGGCGGUGGCCGUUCUCGCCGCGCCGACAGCCCCGAUCUCCUUCUCAAAGUGCAGUGCCGCAUUGCGGUCGCCGGCGAUCACUUCUUUGCCAAGCUAGUUGCUAAGGAAGAGGCCAUCGGCUCCACUGACACUUCCGGUCUGCGCUCUGCCAUGACACGCGUCAUGGCGCUGUACAUUCGCGAGGCAAACAAGAUCCUGCAGACGACGACUUUCCUGGAUACGAGCGGGAGCAAACCGGAAGGCGUCCGCCUGGCCAUUGGCACGGUGGUGACCUUUGUUACCGCCGUGGAGAUGAAGGCGUUCUUUGGUGGCAAGACGAAGCUCGGAGAGGACUUCCUGGGUUCUGGCUCAGUGCUAGAAGAAUGGUCAAAGGAAAACUGGGGCUCAUUCUGCCUCUCACACCUGUUCACCAACCGACAGUUUUCUGGUGGAAUUCUCGGCCUGGCGUAUGUCGGCGGCGUCUGCACCAAGUUUAGCACUACGAGAAAGCAGUCGACGAACACUGGUCUCGUGACACUGACCAACGAAGGCAACCGCCUUCCCUCCUCGAUGUCCUGGCUUGUCUAUCUGCACGAAGUUGGCCAUAACCUGGGUGCUAAGCAUGACAAGGCUGCGGAGUGUCUGCCGACCGACAGCAAGGGAGGCAAGUACAUCAUGUUUGAGAAUGCCAACGACGGCUCACUGGCCAACAACAGGAUGUUCUCGUCGUGCAGCAAGACCAGCAUUGCCGGUCAGCUGCGAAGCAAAGGCUUCGUGGAGGAUGGCUGCUUUGAGUUCGCGUCGAACGGCUCCAUCUGCGGCAAUAACGUACGCGAGAAUGAAGAGCAGUGUGACUGCGGUUUGGCCAGUCAAUGUCUCAAGGAACACUUCUGCUGCACGAACAAGUGCUUGUUGAGACCAGGCGUAGCUUGCUCGCCACAGCAAGGGCCCUGCUGUAGCUCCAGCACAUGCAGUUUCGUUCUGAGCAGCAGCAAUGUGACGUGCAGCGAGCCGCACGAGUGCAGGAUAGGCCUGUCAGUGUGCAAUGGCACCACCAGCACUUGUCCUGUCACACCACCGAAAUCAGACGGCACAGUCUGCAACAAAGGCCGUGCCUCUUGCAAGGAUGGGGAGUGCACGGACUCGCUGUGCGCGCACUUUGGCACAAAGCGCUGCUUCUGCGGGCAGCCUUCACAGUGCCACGUGUGCUGCAUGCACGAGGGAAAGUGCCGCACGCUGGACUCGCUGUCGGCCGCGACUCCGCAGCGCUUCAACGUCACCGGCCUGGAGCUGUUCCUGCCGCCCGGAGCGCCUUGCAACGACUUCGCCGGCUCGUGUAACUUUCUCCACGUCUGCCGGCAGCUGAGCGAUAGCAGUGCCCUCCUCGACGUACACAACUUUCUCUUCAGCGCAUCCACGUACGAGGCUGCGUACCUAUGGAUCAAGGCCAACUGGUGGAUUGUGAUAUUGUCCGGAUUUGGUUUGGUGGUACUUUUCAGCAUUGUUAUCUACCAGUGUUCAUACAAAACGCCGCAAAAGAUAUUGCGUGUGCGCAAUUCGCACCGCAUGCCACAGUCCGGUCCCUCCAAUGCGCCGCGCCGGACUUCCUCCUCCGACCCGCCAGGCAAACAGAGUGCCACCUCGUCGCGGCACGGUACAUCCAAACAGCCACAUAAUAGCUCCUCGGCAACAUCACAAAAUGCCACCAGUGUGUCACGCCAACAGUCGACAGCAACCCAUCUCUCGAACACAACACGCAGCGGUGUGUUCAGUGCCUCGCGGCAGCGUUCGACAACAACUCCCGAUCUGUACGAGGCAUCGCGGCAAGGUACUUUCGACGAGGCACAACAGUCAUCCAAGAAUUCCUCACAACGGCACAGUACGUUUGGUUCGUCACCGCGCCCACCACCAGCUUCUUCAAAUCGCUGUCCAACGCCGCUUAAAAAACAAGUCACUGUCAUGUCAGAUCUUCUUUAGGCAAGUCUAUGUGUGAUAUCUACAGCACACACACACACACACACACACACACACACACACACACACACACACACACACACACACACACACACACACACAGUCAACGCAUUCAGCGCAGUCCUUGGUUUCCUUGUUUACCUGGACUGCUUUGCACCUGAUCAUACCUGGUUAUGACCUGGGCAUUUGCCUCAGCAGUCUCGUGUCAUGCAACGGAAGCGUUCCAAGGCCCAAAGUGGUAUGCGUGCUUCAGUUUAUCCCUCAACAGUGAGAGGAAGUUGCGACGUGUCCUCCUAAGGUCUCGUACUGCAUAUCUGCGCAUACGCUUCGAAUUACAUCGACAUCAUCCGUGGUGUUUUCUACGUAUGUGUUCUUGUAGCAAUGUUUGCACAUGCCCUGGUCGACUUCUUUUGCCUACAUAUGCAAUUCUCAAUUCCAAGAAGACACUCGCUGUGCGCUCUCCUCUCAUGCACAUAUACAUGCACCUGUCAAUCAUGGAGAUGAUGUCACCGGCUGCCAACCCAGGCUAUUGCCCUUCAAUUAGACUGCAGAUGCCAGUGCCAGUGCUGGUGCUGGUGCGAACGCCUGUACCUGGGUAUACACAGCUUUGCUGGUCAGUGUGUGUUCAACUGCUGCUCUUGCAGUCUCUUUUGUUGCUGGUUUCUUCGUUUUGUUGAUUAACGCCGUUCCUUGUGUGUGUGUGUGUGUGUGUGUGUGUGGUGUGUGUGGUGUGUGUGUGUGUGUGUGUGUGUGUGUGUGUGUGUGUGUGUGUGUGCGUGCGUGCGCUCCCAACACUGCCACAGAACAUGCUGUAAAUACAAUGUAUCUCUACGAAUCUUGAACUUUCAUAGCAUUGAAUUCUCUUUUACAUGGUCAUACUCAGUGUAUGUUUGCCUUUAUCUGGCGAGGAACACUUUCAUAUUUUUACAAAAAUGAUAUUGCAUCUCCACCAAUAUAUUUCAUAUUCUUUUAGACAAAGUGUCUGAAGUCUCUGCUGCAUAUUCUUUUAUCCAAAAGAGUUCUGAUGUGAAUCACACCUUUUUUUAUCAUUUGUUUGCUCCCCCAUUUCUUUCUCUUGCCAGUGUUUCCGCACAUCAUAGUGUUUGUACAGCUUGUCCCUGUUUUACUGUUCAUGCAGCUUUGUUAGGGUCCGUUUCAUCACUGGUGAUGGUAAUGUGGCUAUGGACACUUUUUCAAGUUUUUUGUCCGCAUUUGUUCUCAAUUCCUGGAGACGGCAACGUGACCAUGAACACUGUUUUGUCUACAUUUGUUCUCCGGCAAUUUCUGGUGCUUGUAAUGUGGCUAUGAACAUUAUUUUGUCCACACGUUUGUUCUCAAUUCCUUUUUACCUCUUCUUCACGUUGCUCACAAUUAUUUGUAUUGGCACACAAUGUUCGGUCACUGAAUAUAGAAAUGUGGUAACAACACGAGCACA